CCGUUGCGUCGUCCCAGCUUCCGCGUCGUCGACUUCCGCUGGCCGCCAUCUUGCGGCGGCCGAAGGCUGCGGGUUGGUGGGCGCUCAGGUCGCCGCGGUGCACCUUGCGGCCGCCGUCAUGCCGUCGUCGCCGCUGCGGGUGGCGGUGGUGUGCUCGAGUAACCAGAACCGGAGCAUGGAGGCUCACAACAUCCUCAGCAAGCGAGGAUUCAGCGUACGAUCCUUUGGCACAGGAACUCACGUGAAGCUCCCAGGACCAGCACCAGACAAGCCCAAUGUCUAUGAUUUCAAAACCACAUAUGACCAGAUGUACAAUGAUCUUCUCAGGAAAGACAAAGAACUCUAUACGCAGAAUGGCAUUUUACAUAUGUUGGACAGAAAUAAGAGAAUCAAGCCCAGGCCAGAGAGGUUCCAGAACUGCAAGGACCUGUUCGAUCUGAUACUCACUUGUGAAGAGAGAGUCUAUGACCAGGUGGUGGAAGAUCUGAACUCCAGAGAACAGGAGACUUGCCAGCCAGUUCACGUGGUCAAUGUGGACAUCCAGGACAACCACGAAGAGGCCACCUUGGGGGCCUUUCUCAUCUGUGAGCUCUGCCAGUGUAUCCAGCACACGGAGGAUAUGGAAAACGAGAUCGAUGAGCUGCUGCAGGAAUUUGAGGAGAAGAGUGGCCGAGCCUUCCUGCACACGGUCUGCUUCUACUGAGCUGCCUGGCUGCCUCCUGCAGAGCCCUCUGAAGCCCUGGUUCCUGUGUCUCCUUCUCUGUACCCUUCCUCCUCCUCGCCUCGCUGGCGCAGGUGGAAGGGGUGGUCCGUCAUGCAAUGUACAUAUGAAAAUGAGGCAUACAGAAAUGUCAGUUAAAAACCAUUCUUUCCAGCCCUACUUUUCUUUACCCUCCCCCCUCCCCAAAAAAGGAAAACUACGGUUUAGCACAUGAGCCCCCAGCAUGUGUCUGCCACCAGCCUGUUUGGACCCAAAUUCUGGAUUGUACAAAUACAGCCAUGGGUGUGUCUUCUUACCAAUAAAUACAUGCUGCUGGUCA